ACUAUUUUCUAAUUGUGAAGUUAAUACAUGAUACAUAUACAUUAUUCAUAUGUAGACUGUGAAGAUUCUGAUCCAACUAUAUCUAUAUGAUCCUGAUCUGUGUCAGCGCCAUGACAACGUGAAACAAUUUGAGGUUGACAACCGCUUUCUAUCGAUUAAACAGGAUCUUCCACCAGUAAGGAGCAAGGCGCGUAAAGACAAACCCGUGCAAGUCAAGAAGCAGCCAGAGAAAAGGAUCACAGGAUCUGACUACAGUGCCUGGGCCAAGUUUGAUGUGAACAAAGCAUGUGAAGAAGUAGACAUGGCAGAUCUGGGCCCUGUGUCCCUUGAUAGCAAGAAGAGUCAGUCAGCCAAGGCAGAAAAGUUGAAAGAAGAAGGACGGUAUGAGAAGGAGAGGGGUAACAAUUUUGUUAAGCAAGAGAAAUGGGACGAGGCCAUCUCCUGCUACAAUAGAGCUAUAGAACUCGUCAAAGACGAUGCCAUCUUUUACGCUAACAGGGGACUGUGCUACUUGAAAAAGGACAGUCUCCACCAGGCGGAAACGGACUGCACGGAGGCGCUGCGCCUGGAGCCCACGUACGUGAAGGCGCUGCAGCGGCGCGCGACGGCCCGCGAGCGGCUGGGCUCGCUGCGCGCCGCGUCGCGUGACCUCGCCGCCGUGCUGCUGCACGAGCCGCACAACGCCGCCGCGCGCCGCCAGCUCGAGGCCAUCAAGGCCAGGAUGGGCACCAAGGGCGCGAAAUCAAAAUCAUCACCAUUAUCAACUCCAACGAAUGAAUCGAAACCCGUCGUAACGAAUCCUCCGUCGCCAGCGAAGAUCGUGGAAUUGCCAAGCGAGCCAGUGAAGAAGGAACUCAGCCCGCUAGAGAAAUGGAGAAACGGUGUCGGUGAAAAUAUAACAGUCAUACGACCAGUGAAGAAACCUCCACAUUUAAGAUCUAGGAGAGCAUUAAAACACGUACCCAUUCAAGAAGUCCCCUUAGGCCGUAACGCGCACGACAAAGCACCAACACGGAUGAAGAUUAUAGAAAUUAAUGAUAAUAUGUCACAUGGGGACUCGAACAACAAUGAUUCCAAUAAGAUCACCGAAAAAAUUAUUGAGACCACCCCACACUGUGAUGGUGACAAGAAGAUUAAUAUGAAAAUUACUGAACAUGUCAAUGUUAAUGAAGUAGUGCAAAAUAUGGUACCACCAGUGAAUAGUGUUCAAUUUAUGGCAGAGUGGAAAUAUUUGAAAGGAAACAAUCAUGCACGGAGUGAUUAUUUGAGUAUAAUAGAACCAACAAAGUUACCAUCGAUCUUCGAGAAUGCUCUGGAAAGCGACGUGCUCUCUGAACUCCUAUACACGUUAUGUAAUAAUAAGGAUAAAUUUAGAAACAAAACAAUAUCAGCUUAUCUCAAGGGACUCUGCAAGGUUAAGAGAUUCUCCGCUCUCGCUAUGUUCCUCACGAACAGUGAUAAGAAUUUGUUAAACGAUAUGCUGUCUCACUGCAAGGAUGUUGAAAAUUUAAGCGACAAUGAAAUUGCGGACUUGACGAACAAAUAUGAACUUUAAUAUUAUAAUAAAGUAUUUGAAAACAUUGCUAAUAACAAGAGUAAAAUUUUGAUUUUGA